AUGGCAACAGCGGCCGUCCAACAACCAGUGUACUUGCCAGUCUUGAGCGGUUCUAUCCAGGAAGUCUUUCCCGAUGGACUUGGACAGAAUGGUGGAAGGGUACCUACGGAUAGAAUCGGGCUUUUACGGCCGACGCCCCUGUCUACAUCUAUUGAGGAAAUGAGGGAACGGCUCAAACAAGAUGGCUACCUGUUUGUCAAGGGUCUUGUCCCACGAGAGGAUGUCCUGGAUGCACGAGAGCAUUACUUCGGCCAAUACAUGCAAACCUCCCUUCUGGAACCUGGAUCGUCGCCAAGAGAUGGAAUUUUUAACUCCUCCUCCAACCCAGACUCUCAUAAAGGUAUAGGUGGUCAAGGUCUGCCAAAAAACCGAGAUGAAGCACAGAUCCUCAUUGAUGCCCACAAAGAGCUGAAAUAUCGGUCCUUCGUUGAGAACCCAGCAUUGACAGGGUUUGUGAGAAACAUCAUGGGUUGGCAAGAACAUCAACUACUGGGUCGCACAAUGCUGCGUCAUAAUGUCCCGUUUGGGUUGGGAACAGGAAUCCAUUAUGAUAAGCUGUUUCUAAGGGGCGGAGAGGGAUUUUUCUUGACUGCUUGGGUACCCAUUGGUGAUAUUGCUAUCAAUGGCGGCGGGCUCUGCUAUCUGGAAAAUUCUGUGCCGCUGGGAAGUGCAAUCGAAGACGACUUCAACCGACGCGCGGAAUAUAUGACGGAGGAAGAACGGAUCUCGGCUUAUAAUGUCAAUAUGGUUGUUGGUGGCGGUAUGAUCUCUCAUUCUCCUCAAGAAUUCCAGAGCCUUCAUUCUGUCCACGGGGCACACAAAUGGCUUGUUACGAACUAUGAAGCUGGUGAUGUGGUGUUCCAUGACCCACAUAGCAUUCAUGCGAGUGGACGUAACGAGGACCCAACAGGCCGAAUUCGCCUGAGUACCGAUCUGAGAUUCUAUGAAAAGAGUGAGCCAAGUAUUGAUAAAAGAUGGCUCAAAUUCUGGACCCCUGACGAUGGACUAUAA